AUGUCCCUCGAACGCAAAGAGCCACCUUCAGGCGCAACACACUAUGUUCCACACACACCAAAAACACAUGUGCAAUCCGGGGAUGGCGGGGUCUCCAAUUCUGACUCGCCUUCCCUAAUUACCCGCCUUGAAAUUUUAUCGACAACCGUACCAAAGCCCUACAUUACCAGUUUCUGCGGAGCCAGUGGUGGGGUUGCUUCAGGAAUCGUGACCUGCCCACUAGACGUGAUUAAGACGAAGUUACAAGCCCAAGGUGGUUUCCGAGGACGACGGGAUGCCAGUGGAGCUGCCGUCUACCGUGGAAUGCUGGGCACUGCGCGAGUGAUAUGGCGAGAAGAUGGCAUUAGAGGAAUGUAUCGUGGACUCGGCCCAAUGAUGCUGGGUUAUCUUCCGACCUGGGCGGUAUAUCUGAGUGUCUAUGACAGUGCGAGGGAGUACUACUAUACAGUGAUAGACAAUAGAUUUGUCGCCCGAGCACUUGCAUCCAUUACCGCCGGCGCUUGCUCUACAAUGGCCACAAAUCCAAUCUGGGUCAUUAAGACCCGAUUGAUGUCUCAAGGCAGUGCGCGGGUAGGUGACAAUGGAGUACGAGCACCAUGGCACUACAAAUCCACACUUGACGCAGCACGUAAAAUGUAUAAAAACGAAGGUAUAUUAGCCUUUUAUUCUGGACUUACACCCGCUCUUCUCGGCCUCACACACGUUGCCGUACAAUUUCCGCUUUAUGAAUAUUUCAAGAAGCAAUUUACUGGACUAGAGAUGGGGCAGCAACAGGAAAACGACAGUAGCAACCACUGGAUCGGAAUAUGCACCGCUACUUUCUUGAGCAAAGUUUGCGCAAGCUCAGCAACUUAUCCGCAUGAAGUUCUCCGCACUAGAUUACAGACGCAGCAGCGAUCUUCACCUGUUCAGUCAAACGAGGGCAUCUCAUUCCGUGGGGGCCUGGACCGACAUCAAAAAUUCGGACACCCACCUGGUGCGUCAUCCUCGGAUGGCAUGAUAAAUAUUCCUCGCUAUCAAGGCGUCAUUAAGACCUGCAAGAUUAUUCUCAAAGAAGAAGGCUGGAGAGCAUUUUAUACGGGCAUGGGUACAAACAUGAUUCGAGCAGUGCCGGCAGCUGUGACAACCAUGAUGACCUACGAAUAUAUGCAGAGCACCAUCCAUCGAUUACAAGCCGAGGGCCAUCGAAAGUUAGAGCUCAUGGACGGCGAUUGA